AUGACAUCUCUGAGCAAUUUAGGAAUUGGGUUAAGCUUAGUAUUUAGUUUACUCUUACUAGCACUUGUUGCAGAGUUAUACUAUUUACUAUGGUGGAAGAAGAAAAGAGUAAUCAAUAAUGAUAUUCAAGAUGAUUACAGCAGCAGCUGCAGUUCAUCAAGUGCAAGAGAGUUUCUAUAUUUGUUUUGCUGGAAAAAGCCAUCUUCUUUGAGUUCAACAGGAUUAAACCCUCAAGAACUCUUUAAUGAUCUUGAACAACAAAGUCAACUUAGCUCAAGCAAACAGCUAUAUUUGAACUCAUUUGGUGAAGAUAGUAUUGAAGCUGAAUUAAUGAGAUUGCAUAAUCUUUCAGGACCACCAAGAUUGUUGUUCACCAUUAAAGAGGAAACUAAAGAAGAUCUGGAGUCAGAAGAUGGAAGAUCUAGAAAUAAUAAAGUAUCAAGAAAAAGUUUAGCUGAUUUUCUUGUUGCAGUUGAGACACCAUUUUUAACACCAAUGUCUUCACCAAGAUUAACUCCUCCUCUUACUCCAAUUCAUAGUUAUAACCAAAGUGGUAUUAACCCUUUGUUUGAAUCAUCUGUUGAUCCUGAGAUGUAUAAGAUAAGACCAUCACCUCCUCCAAAAUUCAAGUUCUUGAAAGAUGCUGAGGAUAAAUUUUGUAAGAGAAGAUUGAUUGAAGAAGCUUUGAAAAAGGUCCAAAAGAAUGCAGCAGUUUCUCCAACUUCAUCAAUGGCUUCAUCAAAUGAGGAAGAUGGUUCUUUCACUGUAACAGUGGUUAAUAAACACAAGGAAAGUGAAUUUGAUCAUUAUCACCACCACCAUCAAAAUUCAUCACAAAUACUACCACUGUCCUCAUCUCCAUCUCCAUCACCAUCCACUGUCAAGAGUUCUAAACAUUGA